GCAAUGGAUCUUUUUUUAUAACUUCAUGUGCUGUUAUUGUACAGACCUCGGCUGGAAGCUUGAUGCUCAGCUUCUGCGCCUCUAAAUGACACAAGACGUUGACAAGUGAGCUGUUGCACAACUAACAGCAGCCACUUCUUGCUCUGCAUGUCUCCAUCUUACUACGAUUCUUCAACAUCGUUUCCCAAUAUAGACUCGUACCCUGUAGUUGAUCUCAUGGAAACAUCGUGGGCAUGUUACACCACCCACGCCCCUUCCUUCAAUUGUGCACCGCCUUUUUCUGCCAGCCAAUGUGAAAAAACCCCAGGCACAGCAUCUCCCCAUUCUGCAGAAUUAUGCUUCACCGCCAAACAUCAGCAAAGCAUUCAAGCCCAUGCCACGGAGGAGUCCGCAAAACAUUUCCCAGGGUGGCCAGGCUUUCCUUUCACCACGGUGCAGUGCAUGCUUGUCAUCAAUCAGGUUACCGGCUUCGGUUCAAGCAGAGAUCGUUCCGAGGACCCCUAUGCUGGCAAUAAGGGGAUGUGCUUGCUGCUUGUCAGUAUGCAUAUACCAGGUCGGCUUUCUCCGAAUACAUGUAUCCUGCAUCUACGGAGACAAUAAGGAGAUAAAAAAAGGAUAUCACAUAGGAGGCCCAGUCCAGGGGAUCACUGACA